AUGGUGGCCAAGGCGAAGGAGGAGAUCGAGCAGGAGAUAGUGGAUAAAGAGGAGGAGAAGGAGAGGUAUCUGACAGAGAGAGCACCCGCCUUACAGACCGGUGGCAUGUCCUUUGCUGAGCUCCAGGAGUUAUGUCGGGAGUUACAUGCCAAGGUUGACGUGGUGGAUGAGGAGCGAUAUGACAUUGAAGCCAAAGUCAUGCACAACACCAGAGAGAUCAAGGACCUGAACAUCAAAGUUUUGGAUCUGAGGAGGAAGUUCAAGCGGCCCAACCUGAGGAGGGUAAGGGUCUCUGCUGACGCCAUCUUGCGCUCCCUCCUGGGCUCCAAACACAAGGUCUCCAUGGACCUUCGGGCAAACCUCAAGUCAGUCAAGAAGGAGGACACAGAGAAGGAGAAGACAGUGGAGGUGAGUGACUGGAGGAAGAACGUGGAGGCCAUGUCUGGCAUGGAGGGAAGGAAGAAGAUGUUUGACGCAGCCAAAGGCACCCCUCAGUAGACAGAGAAUAUUACAGAUGUUUCUUUCAUUUCUAUUCAUCCUGAACAUUCAAAAUGCAUUAAUGGUUUAAAGUCUUGUUUCAGUGGCACUACAAUGCUUGUAUUUAUUGUUUAGCAAGGCUUACACAGUACAAGCUGUAUGCUGCUACAAUCACAAUGUUCUGCUUCAUCCUCACUGUUAAUAUUGGCCUGAGAAGAAAUUAUAGAGUAAAUGAUAGUUCAUGCAAUUCCACUCAUUUUGCCAUGGGGCAGAGAAAUAAUUUUGCCGUUUUAAAGC